AUGAGCAUUGCUGUGUACCUUGACCAACUUGCCGAUAAGGUCAAAGAUGAUGUCACCGCAGAUACUGACGGGGUUGAUAAAGAUUCAGCUGAUGUUCCAGCAAAGUCUCAGAAACUGGAGAUCCCGAAGUUCUACUACAAGAAAAAGAAGAUUCAAACCAAAACCGACGAUGCGACGCAGGAGUUUCUCAAGAAGAAGCUCGACAUGAAGCUUAGGGAAAACAAGGCUCUGAGCCCCAUGAGAGCGCAGCUACUUCAAUCAGCCUUUCAAGCUGAUAAGUGGACCGCCGCACCAGCCGCCAAGCUAUCGUGA